AGAGAGAGCAGCGGAGCGAGUGAGCAGCGAGAACACGAGCUGAGGGACAGAGAGGCGAGGGCUGGAGAGGAAACAGCAGCAUCACGGCAGCAUCAUGAGUUUGAGUGCAGAGGGGGUUUUCUUCUCUUCGCCAAGGGACUGAGGAGAGAAGAAGAAGAGAAGAGGACAGAUAAAAAGAAAAGAGAAGAAGUAAGAGGAGAGGAAAGGAGGGGAGGGGAGAGGAGACACAGAGGAGAAGACAGGAAAAAAAGACAGAAGGAAAGCAAACUUUCUUCUAAAGGAUCUUUCACCUCAUUCAGAGGCUCGAGUCAAAGCACCCAACCAUGAGGCUGUGAGUCCCUGCUCCUUCUUUCCUCUUGCAGAGCUCCUCUUCUUCAUUACCUGACCCCAUGUCACCCAAAGUGGGACCCAGCGCUCAAACCACAGGCACCCACCUCUGGAUGCUUCUAUGCGCCCUUCUCAGUGCUGUGGUCCUGGCUAGGGGCUCCUCGCUGAGCCCCGAGGACUUACAGAGCACUGCUGCUACAUCGCUGCCAGAGGACUGGAACCGCACGACCAUCCAGCUGCAGCCAGACCUGCAGACCGAAGCCCAGGUGCCAACAGAAGCACAGACAGAAGCACAGACAGAAGCUUUGCCAACUCAGAGCACCACCAGCAACUAUACAGGUCUAUCCUGUAUCCCUGUCCUGCCACCACGCCGGGGUUCCUUCUAUGUGGAGAGCGGCACAGGAGUGUCGAUUGGUAGCGUGUUGGCCUUCUGGUGCAGAGAAGGAUACCAGCUGGUCGGCAGUGACAAAAUCUACUGCAAUGUCAGGAAUGGCAAACCGCAGUGGAGCAACUACCUGCCCGUCUGUGAAGCGAUCCCCAGACCUGAGGACCGUGGUCUGAGAGUGGCUGUGUUGGCUUCAGUGGUGAGUGGCAUCGUCAUCCUGGCCAUGUCCCUGUCCUUCCUUAUCUGCUGCCUGCAGGAACGAUCCAGUCGGGACCGAGCCAAGAAAGAGGGACGAAGCAGGCGCAGAGAGAAGCGCUCGGCCCGCCGCAGCGAGUGUUGGCUAGAGAGAGAAGAGGGAGAAUGGGAAGCCUUCCCUCCUCCCAAGAUCUUCCAUCUCUCCCAGAGGAUGAACCCCCGUCUGGCUCCUGACAGCCCCCUCUACCUGACUGGGGGGCUCGGUGGAUAUGAGAACAGAGGAUACCAGAGGAGUCAGGAGAGUUUGCUGAAGGCCUCCCUGCCCGGACUCUACCGCUCUGAGUCUCAGCUUUACCCACAUGUCGUCCUGCAGAGGGUCCCGACUCCAACAGCGCCUUCUGCCCCUUCUGCUCCAUCUGCCCCCCUCUACCUCCACCUCCCCGCCUCCUCCUCCUCUGCUUCCUCACCCGUCCAUGCAACCACCCACGGUCAGCCUCACAUGAUGCCGCAGUAUCCUACCCCAACGUACCCGCCCAACCCCAACACAGCUGUGCCCCCCUACCCAACACCGGCGCCUAUCUACCCCAACCCCAAUCCAACACCACAGAGGCCAUGGCAGUAGCUACGCCUUCCACUACACAUAGUUAGUGGGCGCUGUGCCGUCCCUGUUGAAGACGUCGGAGGGACAGAUUCACAGACACAUUUUGGGGACACGUGAAAUCUUUUUACUCUCCCUCAUCCCUGUUUUCUCCCAUUGAAGGCUGCAGGUGCAAUGAUCAGCACGGACACAAAGAAAACGUGUACAACUGGAGCUGCAGCCAGUUUAGAAGCCCCCUCUGUUACUGCAUGCUUGCUGAACUUCUCCUGCAUUUUGGACUUAACAGGAACUGGGCACUCUAGAUUUUUCCUUGUCCUUAAUUCUUACUGAACUGCUGCUGCUGCUGCUGCUGCUGCUGCGCUCUCCACAAGAGGAGAUCUAUGGAGAAAGUUGUGCUUUUUUAGCCAUCAGAAAUUACAAGAAAGCUUCAAGUAGCCAGUUGACAAGGGAACACAGGGAGUUUAACUCUAAGGUGUACUAAUUUGGCUUAACCAUUGAUGUUAAUGAAGGUUUUGAAGGAUUAUAAAGGACUUCGACUGUGGCCACCACCAUUUAGGCAGCUGAAAUCUCCCAGCAGUGUAAGUGUUUUUUAAUAGUUUAUUGGUAAGAAAAAGAUUCCUAUCAGCCUUCCUAAAGUCUAUAUAAUCUAACCUUGACAGAUAUGUAUAGUAUACAUAUAUACAGUUUAUUUUUGCUUUGAAGCUAAAGACUUAACAUAAAUUUCUUAUAUCUCAUGUGUGAUGUGACAAAAGACUUAGUCUCUUUACAGCUCUUAUUAAUAUGCCCUGAUAUUUUCCCACACUGUGAGGAGAAAACAGACUGAUGAUGGGGCUUUAUGGGUAGCAAACACACUGUGAUUAAAAAGCAUCUGUUGCUAUAGCCACUGAAUGCAGCCAGUGAUAUGGUGUUUGUAUGGAUUUCAUGAUACAGUCAUUGUUUUAAAUUGAUCCUUUCUUUCUCGCCAGAAUUGUUGACUAAAUGUUAAAAAAAAAAAAAAAA